UGUGGCGGCUGAGCGCUCUGAUUGGUCAGUAUGGAUGAACCUGAGCAGCCUUCAAGCGCUCACAGAGCAGCAUCUCAGUCAGAGACAGCCAGAGAGUUUGAGUCAGUCACCUCACCAACACACAAAAGACUUUCAGUCUCAGAGAGGCGCACAGAUACAGAAAGAAGACGAACGAGUAAGAAAAUAAGCGUAGGUAAUAAAAGACCAAAUUUCUUUAUCUGUUUAAAAGCUGCAAAAGAGGGCAUGCCAUCGAUAAACAUGAAAUUGGAGAUGUUGACGCUCAUCGCCUGCGAUGUAGACACGGAGGUGUUUACGUCGGACAAAAUGCAGGAGCGGUUUGAGGCUCUGUUCAGGAUCUAUGAUAAUCAGACAUCCUUCCAGAUGUUCAAGAGUUUCAGAAGAGUUCGGAUCAGCUUCAGUACUCCAGAGGCGGCUGCAUGCGCACGCAUCGAGCUCCAUGAAUCCGAUUUCAAUGGCAACAAACUAAAACUGUACUUCGCACAGGUGCAGAAUUCAGGGGACGACGUGGACAAGACAUUCCUUGCCCCACCUCAACCUGUCAAGCAGUUCCUCAUCUCUCCACCUGCGUCCCCACCUGUGGGAUGGAGCCAGAAUGAAGAUGCCACACCUGUGAUCAACUACGACCUGCUGUGUGCUGUGGCCAAAUUGGGACCAGGGGAGAAGUACGAGCUGCAUGCGGGUACAGAGUCCACUCCUAGCGUGGUGGUCCACGUGUGUGAGAGCGAUACUGAGGAAGAGGAAGAAGCCCGGCCAAAAGCCAAGAUUGUCCAGACCAGACGCCCCGACGGUCCCCCGAAAGUCUACAACUAAAACCUUUGGCACACUUCACACGUUUUUCUCUCUCUCUGAGUCUCUUUCUCUUAUCCAGGGAAAGGCACGCUUUAUUUCAAUUACAAAAAAAGCUGAACUAAGAAUGGGAUGUGGAGGGGUGCUCCGUGCACAGGUGACGUGUGGUGUUCUGAACUGGACUCGACUUGGACUGAACACACUGUCUCACUGCUGCGUCAUGGGACAGCCAGGGGGCAAUGAGCUUGCAACCCCCCUCUCACAAUCAUAGCGCUUUCAUUCCCUCAUUUAGAGUCUUUGUACUGUAGCAUUGAAGAGCAGUAAUUGUAUUUAACAGUCGUAGAAGUAGGUUACAUGUAAACUUUCUUACUGUUUGUCACUUUGAUUGAUCAUCAGAGAAAAUUGCGCUUUAAAAAAAAGGCAGCAGACCCAUUCUGCUUUUCCUGUUUCUCUCUCGACAGCCUUGUCCGCAUCUCAUCUCCAUAUCGGUCAGGUUGGCACACCUGCAGAGGUGGCGCGGCUCGCUGGGGUUGUGACCAUGUGCGUAUUUAUGCCUGUUCAUACCAUGCUAGAAUGAGAUGACAAGUUGUUUAAUGGAAAUGGUAAGAAUGAAGGAGUCGAUUGAAGAGUUUGUGUCAUGUCGGUUAUGAUGAGAGGGUGUUUAAUUAGAUGUGUAUUAUUUUUACUGUGUAUUUGAUACUACACAUUUUUGCAUGCUGACUGGCGUAUUUUAUACUCUAUGUUAAAGCAACUUUAAGCAUAUCUGAUCGCUGUCUUUCAGAGUGAUUGGCCUUGGAAAGUGAAGAAAUAGGUGUAAAGUUCGAUAUUUUGUAUUAUUAUUUUUUUUAUAGUACAUCAUUCACUUGCAGGCCAGAUAAACAAUUUGGGUCUUAGUUUAACACCAUCUCUGUUUGGUGUGAUUCUGUACCACUUGUAUUGUUUAGCACCGACGAGGUUCUGUGCUUUUCAUAUAUUCAUAGAUUUAUUGAAUAUACAUUGACAUGCUCAAGUUUCGAACGGAGACCCAGAACUGAGUACUGAUAAUGAUACUGUCAUAUCAUUGUUAAUUUUUAAGUUGUGCGUUUUGCAAUGACAGAUCAAAUAAUAUUAAGGGAUAGUCCACCGAAAAUGAAAGGUCUCUCAUCAUUUACUCCAAACCUGUGUGAGUUUCUUCUGUGGAAGUAUCCUAGCUCUUUUCUGUCUCAUAAUUUUUUUCAACUUUUCUUCCAGUUUAUUAACCUCCACUGUGUUAAUUCAUACCAAAAAGGAAAACAUAGAUGGAAAUGGAUGGAUGAAAAUGUCAUUUUAAGAUAUUUGUUUAAUGUACAGUCAGUGAAGCACGAUGUCACGACUGACCGAUCUGAUUGAGGAUUGCGUAGAGGCUUAUUAAGAUGGUGGUUAAAUUAGCCUCAAAAAAUUAUAAAAAAAAGGAAGGAAAAAGAAAGACAAUUCAGUUAAACAUUGAGUGAUAUUCAGUCAUAUUUUGAAAUGCAAUGAAAAAGAAAUAAUGC